UUCUUCACGCAGGAAUUACAACGCACGCCAUGGCAAACGAAAGCUUUCUCGAAGUUAUUCCCAGCAGAGACAUAGAUGGCCGUUCAAAUCACCUGAAACUAGGUAUCUGGGAGCCUCCUAUGUCUACAGUCGCCGACGAAUUGUUAACAGCGGCAAGGAUGGCUGUCUCUCCUCAUCUCCUAGUAAAAACUGUAAGUUCAGGUGAUGGAACAAAGAUCUUCUUAAGGGCUUUGGGUAAUUUUCUGGAUAGGAUUACUCUCUCCCAGUAUGGGAAGGAAGAGAAUAAUCAUUUUGCCGUUGAUAACUCAGUCAUAAAGGUGGAUGUUGACCAGGGUCUAGUUGAUUGUAAUAUUUCUGUCCAAGAUGCUUCAGAGAUUAGGAUCACAGGUAACACUUCUACUUUGGUUUCUGAGGGUCAGAUUGAUAUGGUUUUGAGGGGUGAGGACAGGUCUGAUGUUCCUCAGGAUGCAACGGAUAAGCAGUUAGCUCUUUGUCAUAGUCCUAACCAGGACGGUGAACACCAACCUUCUUAUUUAAUUGAAUACCCUUUGCUGCCAAGAUCUAGGCUUUCUCCCUUAGCUGCUGAAUUCAUACCCACCAUGCCCAAUUCAUUUGCUGCUCUUUUCAACCAGGGAGAUUACACCACUAUAGAUUCUACAACAGAGGAAGAUCUAUUAGCACAUAUCAAUGAUAAAAAUAUGGCCCUUUGUAAUAAUGCCAUUAAGGAUUUUCUACCAGAAACAGAUGAGCCUAUUUUGUACACCCAUUCAGAGGGUGAAGAUAAUGUUUUUAUUGAUUAUGCAAUUAAACCCCUCCAAAUUGACACCUCAAGAUGCUCUAAGACACCACUUAUUUUGGGAAGGGUGUUUAAAGGUAAGAAAACAUUCUCCCCUUCUCAAAUGGUGACUAGGAGUAAAGCACGACUUUUAUAUGAAGGUAGAAAAAAGACCCCUAUAGGUUGCCUGGAGGACCCCGAUGAACCAACAGAUACAUUUGCUGCCGAGAUCAUAGAAGCCUUCAAGAAAACAUGUCCUUCUCAGAAGGAGGUUCCUCCUAAAAAACAACAGCAACCACUGACUAGAAGCCAAAAAAAGAAAGCCAAAAAGAAGCUUAAACAAGCCAGUGGUUAUUACGGUCCGCCUUCUUUCUACCAACCACCCAACCGCCCUCCGUUUCAACCCCACCAAACCUAUCACCCACAUCAGUACCCAAAUGAUAAUACUUACCAAGUCAACAAUAGAUCUGACUACUAUCUCUACCAUGAGGAACCACCAUAUGAUACCCCGUCUAGAAACUUUGGUUAUUCUCCGUACCAAGACUCUGACGGGGAAGAUUAUUAUGAACCGCAUGGUGAUCACGAUGACUAUGACCAAUCUGGGCCUAUGUGCGAAGAUCAACCUGAUCCGCUUGUCGAAGAAAUCCUAAGAUUAGAACAGAAAAUCUUCUAUUUCGACGAACUUUUAUUCGCUGAAGGCUCGUGGUAUGAACCACCUUACUCCCAUGACUACACCUUAUUUGCUGAAGAACAAAUUGAAGCAAACAAGGUGGCAAUUCGAGAAAGAGCAAAACUUCUUGAAUCAGUCCGGAAGGAAAAGGAGUUCGAAAGGAGAUUAUGCGAAGGAUCAGAAUUGAUGCAGAAAAUGCUGGAUGACUUCCAAAGAGAGAGACUAGAAGCUGAGGCUAAAGCGGAUAAAUUAGUCAAUGAUCUCUGCAAGGCUGUUGAACUUAAACGCUCCCUCCAAUCUCAAGAUCAAAUGAGGGAGAUUAAUGUUCAAAAAGAGGCUCUAGAACCUAAGACCAACCCUAAACCCAUCAACCAAGAGGUUCCAGUUCUAGAAGAUUCACCAAGUUCUACACCAUCACAGAACCCCGAGAGCAUAACAACUCUUGCUAGGGCUACUGUGGUGAUAUUACCUGAAUACCCUCCUAGCCAAGUCCUAACCAGCAUAGUCGUAUAUGAGGUGGAACCAACUGAGGGAUCUGACUCAGAACCACCUACGCUCAUUCAAGAAAAGGAGGAGGAAGUUUUGCCUAUAGCAAUAAACAACCAUCUCCUUAAUUGUGUUAAAGACACACCUCCAAAGGAACCUGUUUUGGAGGAGAUAGAGCCCAUUACCUGCCCCCAAGAUUCCAAUAUCCAAGAGUCUGAGGAGGAAUCUGUUGACGAGGAAAUAUUGUGCAUGGAAAACCCGACUUCGUCUAUAGAGACCUGUGCAAAUAAUGCUUCACCAGUAUAUUCAGACCAAACUUUAUUUGACUCCUUACAUGACGGGUGUAACCCGGUUUGCCCGGAGGAUAGUAGGAGCCAAAAGAGUUGGGAUGAACUUCUGGUAAGUGACGCCGAAGACUCAUCCAUGGGGGAAAACACGAUCGUAAUCAUCAAACCACAAAUGGAUAGUCAGCCUAUUGAAGAUAAGGAAGGAAUCAAUUUCACAAUCAAAGCUAAUGAUGUGGAUCAACUGAGGAGACUUCCGCCACCACCCACCUAUUUAGAGUCUCCUCCUUUUAUCCUGUUGCCGCCAAACCGCAGGGACGAGUCAAGGAUCCUGGACCUUGACCGAGCAAAGAUUCAAACAAGAUUUUAUGUGUUUGUUUAUGUGUAUGCAGAUGCCUCAUCGUCCUUCUUACCCUACUCUUCUUACCCUACUAUGGACCGUAAUGAGGUCCAACUGAUUGAUGCUGCUUCUAGGACGAGGUUCGAUGAGUGGGGACACUCACGGGUGUUACACGAGUCGGUGUGUCUGGCUCAGGAUACACUGACGGACUAUGGCUAUGCAGAGGAGAUGGAGGAGCUGCUUGAGGGGACCAGAUGGCAGCGCCUGUUUAAGAUGAGGGCAGAGUCUAGCCUACCACUGACCAUCGAGUUCUUAUGCUCGAUAUCUGCUGUCCCGGAGAUUGAGUCACGACAGAUGACUCAUAGUUUGAUCACUACUGAUACCACGUUUGCCUUCACUCUUGCGGGCCAGUCGUUUCAGUUGACAGUGAGAGAGAUGGCUAUUCGUCUCAGGAUCUACACCCAGGAGGAGACCGAGCAGCCUGAGUUCUACGACGAUCCCUUUUGUCUUCCUGCAGAUUUUGAUGCUAUAGCUUUCUGGAGGGAGCACUCAUCUGACGACAAGGAGUUCGUGAACAAGAAGAGUAAGGCACGCUACUGGAUUCGGCCUAGCUGGAGGAUCCUAUCUUUUGUUCUUUCGACAUUCUUUUUUGGGAGGCCGUCGAACACUGAUAGGGUCUAUGAGGAAGAUAUGUUUGUCUUCUGGAGCUUGCACGACCGCCAGCCGGCGAACGUGGCUGUGUACCUGGCCAGAUUCUUAUACUCCCAGUCCUAUGGGUGUAGAACGCACUUGGUUUGUGGGUUUGUGAUUACUUUGCUCUUUCGCUCCCUCGUGGGGGACGCACCCAUCCCACGGCCUGUGCAGUUGAUGAGGGAUUUAGAUGCCGGCAUGCUCCGGAAUGCUCACAUCCACCGGAGACUCUUUCCUAGCUCUUCCGAGAGCACUACGGCCUCUACUGGCCGCACUUCACAUGAGAUUGGAGAGUCAUCCGCCAAGGCGUGCAACUCCCAAGCGUCCAACUUGGCCAAGCGUCCAAGGGUGACGCCUGGAGGCCUUGGUCCGUUGGGCUUCGCGGCUGAUUCGUGAUUUUGGCCCAAUUUCGCUCCGUUUUGGCCCCGAACACUGUUUUUGACCUCCCGGAAGCUCGUUCAAGCCCGAAUCUUGAUCCUUUGAUGAUUUAUUCCCCUUUUCUCAAAUACUUGAAUAAAAAUGGAUGAUUUAU